AUGGAUCAGGGCAAUAGUCUUGACCCGGCACAAGAUGUUGAUAUUCUCCGGCAGACCUCGGGAAAUAAGGAAAACAGCACCAGCACCAGCCUGAAGCAACAUGAUGUCCCUGAGAUCUCCAUCUCCAGCCACACCGACGAUCCCUACCACGCUCUGCUCCCCGCCCUGCGCGCCCAUCUCCCGCACUCCAUCCCCCUGCUGCGGCGGAUUCAGCACGCCAUUGCUCAUCCAUCGCCUACUUCUUCCUUCUUAGCCACUGGUCUGCCAGACUCGUCAUCUCCAACUUCUUCAUCACCAUGGCUCGCUGCCUUUGUCGACCUUUGCGCUGGAAGGGAGACUCAACUUUGGGUCUACUCUAGCCUCGAGGCGGAGGCGUCUCCGCUGUCUGGUGGGGAAGCAGAAAAAAAAGGAGGCUGUUUGAUCGCCAAAUUCUCCGGCAUCAGUCCGGAGAGAAAAGCACGGGCUCGCGCGCAGCUGCUGGCGUUGCUGUCCUUUAUCAAGAAGCAUCUGCUGCCGGAUUAUUUAUCCUUUGUGGAAAGGAACGAGAAGGAGCACCACUCACGUGCUCCGGCUCCAGCGUCAUCUUCUUCUUCUACGACAAAAAUCCCACCGCAUCCUCCACAGGCAUUCCUCGUUGGGAGUCUCCAUACAGGCCUGUUCUCGCUGCUGACGGCGUCCGAGUCGUAUACGGAUGCGCUUCCGCUGCCAGGCCUGAGGAUCCUCCGUCACGACGUGCCUCCCUAUAUCAAAUACCUGUUCCAUCCAUCUACGUACAGGAGUCCUGAUGGUAGUGAACACGCCCUCCCACCCAAGUACCGCUACCAUGAUCGCACCGGACGGCAUGGCGUUCUGCCGCACCAUCUCGAUCUCGUCAUCAGUCGGACGCACAUCCCUCGGUCGAAGAACACCCUAAUGAAGAUGCCCAGCGUGGCAGUCUAUUACGAUCAUGACGGCACUGGCGAGACUAAUGUCUCUGAAGAAAUGCCCAUCGCGUGGGGAUUCAUGUCCGUGGACGGCAGCCUGGCGACCCUGCACGUCGAACCCGAGCAUCGCGGGCAGGGCCUCGCCGUGACGCUGUCCAAGGAGGUCAUGAGACGGGCCAUGAUGGUCGACAGAGCUGACAAGAGAGGAGGAGGAGGAACCUUUCAGUUCCGGAGCGAAAAUUGCCUGAAUGAUAACGACCACGAUGCCUGGACCCAUGCUGAUGUCGCGACUACCAACAUCGCCAGUCGACGGGUCAUGGAGAAGAUUGGCGGCCAGCUGGCUUGGACUGAUACGUGGACUGUUGUCGAGUUCUUGUUUAUAUUGUAUUUUGGUGAUAUUCGACUGGUUGAGAGUAUAUACAACGCAGCCUGUGAUUGGCGACGGCUGGCCGACUAUUCGGAGGGUCUCGAUCCUCUGAUGGUGCAGUAUAAUGAAUCCCUGCCGUACGAUCGCAUCUUCUGGAAACAGGACAUUGCCGGCUCGAUCGCCUUUGCCCGCGCCAACACCAAGACCGGCAUCUUGACGCAGCACGAAUUCGCCGAAAUCGAGCGCGGCUUCCAGCAGAUCGCCGAGGAAUGGCGCACCAACACGUUCGUCGUCAAGGAGAAUGACGAGGACAUCCACACGGCCAAUGAGCGCCGGCUGGGCGAGAUCAUUGGCAAGGAGAUCGCCGGCAAGCUGCACACCGGUCGGUCCCGGAACGAGCAGAUCGCGACGGACAUGCGGCUCUGGCUGCGCGACGAGCUCCGCAAGCUGGACGGCUUUCUCCAGGACCUGAUCAAGGUGUCGAUCGCGCGCGCCGAGAGGGAAAUCGACUACAUCAUGCCGGGAUACACCCACCUGCAGAAGGCCCAGCCGGUGCGAUGGAGCCACUGGCUUCUGUCGCAUGCCACGGCCUUUGCGACGGAACUGCAGCGGCUGCGCGAGGUCACCAAGCGUGUCAACCGCAGCCCGCUGGGCACCGGUGCCCUGGCCGGGAAUCCGUUCCAUAUCGACCGCGAGGCGAUGGCCAAGGAACUCGGGUUCGAUGGUCUGCUCUCCAACUCCAUGAACGCGGUUGCAGACCGUGACUUUGCUAUGGAGACGAUGCAGUGGGGGAGCUCGUUCAUGCUGAAGAUCUCUCGCUGGGCGGAGGAUCUCAUCAUCUACAGCAGUCUGGAGUUUGGGUUUGUGCGGUUGGCGGAUGCAUACUCGACGGGGUCGUCUUUGAUGCCUCAGAAGAAGAAUGCAGACAGCCUAGAACUUCUACGGGGCAAGGCUGGCCGCACGUUUGGCCAGAUGGCGGGUCUCAUGUGCACGAUCAAGGGACUGCCUACGACCUACAACAAGGACCUGCAGGAGAGCGUGGAGCCGCUGCUGGACCACAUCAAGACUCUGAGCGACAGCAUCCAGAUCGCCACCGGUGUCCUGUCCACACUGACCGUCAACCCGGACAAGAUGGCCGCAGCUCUAGCGCCGGAGAUGCUGGCGACCGAGAUCGCGGAUUACCUCGUCCGGAAGGGCGUGCCGUUCCGGGAGGGCCACCACAUCUCCGGCCGGGUCGUCGCCAUGGCAGAGAAGAACAACGUGCCGAUGGACACGUUGACCCUGGAGCAGCUGAAGAGCGUCGACAGCCGGUUUGACGCGGAUGUGCGGGAGUGUCUCGACUAUGAGCGUGCUGUGGAGCUGAAGGACGCCGUGGGUGGGACGAGCAAGCGUGCCGUCAGGGAGCAGAUUGAUACUCUGAAGGCCCUUCUUUAG